AUGGGCAAGAUCCUGCAGAAGAAGAAGGCUCGCUCUGGCCUCUCCAAGGCCAAGGCCAAGAACAACCGCCUGAAGAGCGGCAACAAGAAGAUCAAUGUGCUGGGCAACGCCAUCAUCGCCCAAAACUGGGAUCGCAACUUGACCCUUACGCAAAACUACAAGAAUCUCGGUCUGCUGCACAAGCUUAACGCUCCCACCGGCGGUAAAGAACGAAUCCCCGGACGCAACGACUUGCAAGAGAAGUCGAACUCGCUCCACAUCAACGGCAGCGCUACUGCAGCCGCACAGAUCGAUCUGGGCGAAACAAAGGUCGAGCGCGAUCCCGAGACUGGCAAGAUUCUGCGAGUGAUUCACGACUACGACGAGAUCGAAGUUGCAGGCCAGAAGCGGCGGCGCGAUAACCCGCUCAACGACCCUCUGAACGACCUAUCAGACAACGAAGACGCCCCUUCCCGGGUUAUCUCCGGCUCCAGGGUUGUUCAGCAGUUGGAGCGCCAGGCUGAUUUGGAGGGACAGGGCGAAAAGGCCAAGAAGCCGCGGCAUCAGAGCAGCCGCGAGGGAGAAUGGAUCUCGCAGUUGAUUGAGAAGCACGGGGAUAAUAUCUCGGCUAUGGUCCGUGACCGCAAGCUGAACCCCAUGCAACAGACUGGGGGCGAUAUCCGGAGGAGAAUCAAUAAGUGGAAGAAGAGCCAGGCAUGA